AUGGACGAAUCCCAUGCGCUGUCCGACGCGCCUGCUAGUAAUAAGAAGGGACGCCGGAGCAAGCGAGAUGCUGGGAGCGAAGACUCCAAGAAGAGACGCUGCAUCUCCAGUGCCUGCGUGCCGUGCAGGAAGAGAAAGUCAAAGUGUGACGGAACUACUCCAGCCUGCUCCGCGUGUGCUGCCGUAUAUAAUACCGAAUGCAUCUACGACCCAAACUCAGACCAUCGCCGCAAGGGCGUCUACAAGAAGGACAUUGACAAUCUCAAGACGCGCAACUCAACGCUCCAGACGCUGAUCCAGGCCAUUCUCAACUACCCCGAAGACGAAGUUGCCGAUCUCGUCCAUCAGAUACGGACCUGUGAGAGCCUGGAUACCGUUGCCGAGACGAUCCUCGCAAAAGAGAAUGGCGAAGAGGACGAGGAUGAACCUGGCAGCCCCAUAUCGACACCGCCCAUGGGGCCCACAGAGCCGACGUUUGAGAACCAGCUGAGUGGGAAGAUGGGAGAGCUGCGUCUAGAGCAUGGCUCCACAAGGUACAUUGGCGGUACAUCACACCUCAUAUACCUGGGCAAGGACAACGACGUUGCCGAUUCUCCCGACACAUACCCCGAGGACCCAUACCAGCAGAUGGAAGACCCAUUCUGCUCUUGGACAACCGUAACGUCGGAGCCGGAACUCGUGCAGCAUCUGAUCAGCAUGUACUUUUGCUGGCAUUACAGCUUCUUCACUACCCUGUCAAAGAACCUGUUCCUGCAGGAGUUCAAACUGGGCAAGCCACCGCCAGGUUCUGCGAGGAAGAUGCAUUACUGUACACCAUUGCUAGUCAACGCAAUGCUGGCACUGGGCUGUCAUUUCACGUCUUGGCCUGGGGCAAGGGCUGUACGAGAUGAUUCUGCCACGGCCGGAGAUCACUUCUUCAAAGAGGCGAAAAGACUGAUCAUGGAAGGCGACUUGCAUGAAGUACCAGCUUUAGCCACCGUUCAAGCCCUAGCACUAAUGUCCGUGCGGGAAGCAGGCUGCGGAAGGGAAGCCAAAGGUUGGGUGUACAGCGGUAUGUCGUUUCGAAUGGCCUGCGACUUGGGCCUCAACCUCGGCAUGCAUAGCAAAGACACCAUCGACGAAAACGAAGAGGAUGCUCGAAGGAUCACCUUUUGGGGCUGCUUCUUGUUUGACAAGUGCUGGAGCAACUAUCUGGGACGUAUGCCGCAACUGCCAAAUACAAUACUGACAGUCUCCAAAUUUGACGUCUUUCCGGUCGAGGAUGCGGAGACUUGGAGCGGAGUCACAGACUCGGGCAUCAGCCAAGCGCAUUCGCAGCCCAGCAGGACACGGGCCGUUGCUCUUCAGAUCUCGAAGCUCUGCGAGAUCUCUAGCGACCUAAUGAACUCCUUCUACAACCCAAUCGAUAUGGACAAAACCAAGGGCAAGCAAGCUGAGCUGAAAAAGCUCAGUGAGAUACACGUGCGAUUGGAGACGUGGAGACGAGAGCUACCGAAAGAGCUGGAACCCAAGGAGGGUGGGUUACCGCACAUGCUGGUCAUGCAUAUGUUCUUCCAACUACUCUACAUCCACCUGUUCCGGCCGUUCCUCAAGUACAACCCGAACAACUCACCACUGCCCGCACAUGUAUCUCCUCGGAAGCUCUGUACCCAAGCUGCCGCCAUGAUAUCGAAGCUACUUCGACUUUACAAGCGAUCACAUGGGCUGCGACAGAUUUGUAACAUCUGUGUCUACAUAGCACACUCGGCGUGUACGAUACACCUUCUCAAUCUUCCAGAGAAGAACGCAAGCAGAGACAUCGUCCAUGGUGUGAAGCACCUGGAAGAGAUAGCCGAAGGCUGGAUAUGCGCACGUCGCACCCUUGUAAUCCUGAGUGUACUUGCCAAGCGCUGGAAAGUCAAACUCCCAGAGGAAGCUGCGGCAGUACUGUCUCGCACCGAUGUCAAAUUCGGUCCUUGGAACGAAGUCAGUACGCCAAAAGCCACUCACAGUGAGCCUGUGCCAAGUCUGGAACAACAACCGUCCCCGGCAGAUCAAGCCUCGCCAUCUCUUCAACCCUACAGCAUGAACAUGACUAGUGUAGCAACGCCGCAAUACCUCAAUAGGAUACCGAACAACAACAAUUCCGUAAGCAUAGACUCCUUUGCGCGUUCCUUCGACACAAACACCCUGCCUCCUUCCGACCCAAACGCGCUGGCUUACACGCGCACUCAGCACCAACGGGACCAUUCAACACCUCAAACUUCAGCCCUCAACCCAGCGACGCCAGCCUCAACCCAAGCCCGUCUUUCUAUCGAUGGCCAAAGCACUGCUGCAAAUUCACCGAGCCAGUUAUUUGGUGGGGUGGAUCAGCUUAUCAGAGAAGGGCAAGACUGGAUUUUCAGAGACCAGACUCAACUGGCGUCUGGCUUCGACAACUGGAACCCUCAAAGUAUUGAUGACAUUGCGUCGUGGUUUGCUAGCACGGCAUCACCGACGAAUGGAUACCAUGCGCCGACUAAUCCUGUCAUGAGCGGGGAGAUGAACGGUGGACCCGUAGGCGGACAAACUGCUAAUGGCUACCCGAAUCUGAAUGGCAAUGGUGACCCCAACUUAACUGGGGUAGGAGGUGCUAGUGGUAUGGGCAUGCAGGGAUUCACAUAUAAUGAGCGUGAGUGGUACGAUUAUCAGUGA